CAUUGUUGCAAAGCAGCGUCUGUGAUACACGAAAUCAUGAAGAUCCAGUUUGUCUGCCUGCUGCUGGCGCUUGUCUUUGUCCCUGUGUUCUCUCAGGAUGCAAAGGUCAAAAAGCUCUUUGGGAAAUUCAAAGAACAGCACAUCUAUACAAAAACCUUUACAAACUGUGAUAAAGCCAUGUCCGGGGUCGAAAUCAACCUGUGCAAGGAGAAAAAUACCUUCAUCCUAGCCAGCACCACCAAAGUCAAAUCUGUCUGUCGAGAUAAGGGAGAACCAUAUCAAGGCCUGACCAAAAGCCUCCAACGCUUUGACAUUGUUGUCUGUAAGCUGGAGAAACAGGGAACCAAGCCUGCCAAAUGUCACUACAGUCGUAAAAAUCUCAACAAGAAAAUUGUAAUCAAAUGUGAAAAAGGCCUUCCUGUGCACUAUGUGCGAGACAUUGAUCACUGUGAAAAUUGAUUUAAUGGCUGUGUGCUGAUUAUGGCCUCAGGUGGCUUGUUGAAUAUCCAGUUUGACAGCUUAAACUUGUUUUAAUAGUUUCAUGCAAUAA